CCACCAAUUUCAAACAGGACUCAGCAACUGGCGGAUUUUAGAGAAGCAUUUAAUUCUGGCAGAGCGGGUUGUCAGACGAAAGAUAGCUCAGCGGCUAUUAGGACGGAAGCAAGAGACUGCUUAGGAUAACGACAUCACAAACAUAAGAAACGUCCCUACGUCUCUGUGUUUCAUUGUAAAAUAGUUAUCAUGAAGUGCCCUCAAUACGAGGCUACAAAGACAAAAAGUAUGGAGAAGAGUUCGGUUGCCCUGGCUGCUGCCGAGUCCAAGCUGCUUCACCUCAAGGCCUCCCCAGUGAAGCAGCCCCCCAAACCCCAGUGUCCCCCAGCAGGUGUGACCACAGUCCUGUUCAAUGACAAGGAAAACAGCACCAGCCUGGAGCAUGACCGGACUCUUGAUGAAUGCUUUGAGGACAGCGGCUACCUGUCUCUGCAUAACAGUCAGACUGAUUUUCACCAUGGGGAUGAAGAGGAGGAACACGUCCUGGGAAAACCUACGACGCUGCUGCCCCCCACUGCUGCUACACACAGAGAAAAGACAGUUUCACCAAACGUUUCCCCUUCCAAAUGCCAAAAAAGGACUAAUUCUAGUUGUCCAGUGCUUGUGACGGUUUCUACUCCUGCGGACCGUCUUCAGAGGAGAUCAGUAUUACCCUCGCUAUCAUCCACCCCCUGUGACCAACACAGCGACCCCAACCUGCCCAUACUGAAGUUUCAGCGGGCUGUGUGUGAGGAGCUUGCUAAGAGCUAUCAGAAGAAUAAGAAAUAUGACUGGAGUGUCGUCUCAAAGAUAGCUGAGGAUCAUCUUUUGGACCGUGUGAUAGGGGGUCAGAUGGGUCUGGAGUACGUCGACAUGUUCACAUCUCUACUUUCCAGGAACAUGAGAGGCAUCCUGACUAACAUUCUGGCCCUUCUGGGAGACAUGGACCUCAUUAGUUGUAAGAAAGUGAGCAGAACAUGGAGGAAGAUCAUCUGUGAGAACGAAGCAGCCCUGAGCAGGUGUCAACGAGCAGAGAAAGCACUCAGGGAGUCGAGGAGCUCUCUGAGACAGAGGGGCUGUGGUUUGACCAGGGAUGUGUCUGUGUCCAGGGUGGUACUGUCCUGCAUGCAGACCCUAGCAUCCUCAAGCACACCAUCGUCAUCCUCCUCAUCCACCCCAAGCUGCAAGACCAAUAAACUGUCUGCUUCUUCUCAGAAGGGCAGCACGCCCGUCUCUCAAUGUACCCGCUUUAACGAAUACAUGCAGGCUGCCAGCAAUCUGAAGCAGCAUGAAUCUCUGCGUCCCUGCAAGCGCUGCGGCUCGCCUGCAACCCACCUGUCCGAGGUCCAGAGGGCCAGAUGCACUCGCCCCAGCUGCCUAUUUGAUUUCUGCACCCGCUGCCAAGGGCCCUUCCACGGCUCGACACCCUGCCGAACGGUGGGAACCCGACCUCACUUCCCCACCUCCUCCAAGACGACCCCGAUCGUACCCGGGAGCGCUCGCAGCAAGAGGAGCGUCAGGCGCCUGUGAUGGAGGUUUACUGGAGUUUUAUUCAAAGACUGUUUUAACUGAGCUGAUGUUUCCAGUAGCACCAUACGAAGACUGGGCAGAAGGGGAAGUUUAUACACAAGCCUCCAGAUGGCUUGUACGUGCACUUUGUUACAUGCAGAACUCGGUUGAGAGAAGCAUUUCAAGCACUACUGGGACAAUCAACCAGGAAGUGUCAACUGGCUAAAGCAGUUGUUGCCAGCAAGCGACAAAAACAUCUGAUGCCAAAAAAGGAUACACGUUAUAUUGUAUACUUUUAUUAUGUUUUUUUAAAAUGAAAUGGAUCUAAAUAUUGUCUUUUUUUUAGUUUUAUAUAUAUCUAUAUAUAUGUGUGUGUGUAUUUUUAAAUAAAUGUUGAUCCUCAGAAUGUCUUUAAAUGUUCAUUCACUGUAUUUGUUGUAAAUAGACUUUCCAUAAAACAUCUCUUGUG